AUGAGCGUCACAUUUCAAGUUGAAAUAUUGAACGAGCAGAAUAACAACAGUGUUCCAAUUGAUUUCCAUCUUCCGUCUGGUGUUAUUAAAGGAAAAUGUGCGGCUGAUCGGAAAAGCGAGGCAGUGAUUUCUUCUACCAUUGAGGAAGCAGACGGAAGACUCAAAACGCUGAAAUUUGUAUUUCGCACGGAAGAGAUGCGAGUCAAGCGUGUUGACGAGUUGAGAUGGAUACUGAACAAAGUGGUUUAUGUCGAAAAGUUUGCAGGAAGUUCUGCGGUCUUCGAAUCUGAUAACUCCUCGGUUAUUUUCUCGGCUCCUCUGACUCAAAAAUACGUUUGCGAGGAUCGUAUCAAUGUGACUCUUCACAUCUAUCUCUGCGAGCGGACUAGAAAACGAACACUUUCGGAAUCUCUCCAACACCGUUCAACCGUUUUUUGUGGCGUCGUUUUGGCGAUUUCCUCUAUCGCCCAUAUUGUUGGUCACAUGCUUCGUCGCCAUUUCAUGCCCCAUCGAAAAGAGCUUUAUGAGAAUUUGGACAGACUUCCAGCCAUCUAG